AUGACCUCUACUAACCUCCAGCUGAAAACAUCGUUUGACUUGGAGUUGAAUCCGUUCGAAAGCUCUUUUGCUUCGAAGGAUCUUCUUGCGCAAGAACGGCUGGUUGAUUAUAACGGGACAGGAUCUGCAUCGUCGUCCACAAACCAUGGACUGACGGCAUCCACAGACAAAACACCAGCCAGCAGCACGCCGGAACAGAAAAAGGAGGAGCAGCUGGCCACUGCAGGGACAAACAAGCAUCAGCUUCGCAUUCUGAACCUACAACCGCCAGGAGAGCGUCUUCCCGGGCUCACGCCGCCGCUAUUCACGCCUGGGGGACGCCGUCUCCCGCCGAUCCACCUUUCUCCCAACGCUCCGCUCGGCAGUCCCGGUACCCCGGGCGCCAUCUGGAACAGUCUUGUUAGCGCAGGCAAUGGCACCGACCAGGGCAACUAUGCGCAGUUCAUCAAUAUGAUGCGCAAGUCGGGACUCACGCCCAACGAGUCCAAUCUUCGGUCGGGGCUCACUCCGGGAGUUGGCUCCCAUGGCUUCAACUUCAACGUGGGGACACCGGGGCAAAUGACGCCCGGGUUGCAGUCUUUGCUUGGGCUUGCCAAUGGCACUGACAGUUUUGCCAUGCCUCCUCCCGUGGUGCCUAGUGCCGAAACCAGCGCAGAUACUACAGUUGAUAGUGCGAAGCGCGCCCCGGACGGCGCUGGGAAAGAGCCGCCAGCCGGGCCUGAGAGCGCGCCCGACAGUACUGCUAGUGCAGCCAGCGCCACCAGUAUUGCCAGUGCCACCAGCGCGGCUAGUGCAACAGAGGGCCGCACCGCUAGCGUGGUGAGCUCCGGUAGCACGGCAAGUGGCGGUGCAGCAAGUGGAGGCAGCGGCAGUACUGUCGCAGCUGAUGACAACAAAAAUAUGGAGCGGCCGAACGGCACCGCGCGCGGCAAGGCGGUGGAGGUGAAAAAUGAGGCGGAGGAGGCGCCCCGCAAGCGCGCCCGCCGCACCCGUAAGACGGAGCGGCUGCUGCUGCAGACGGGCGAGGAGGCCAAGCGCAAGCAGUUUUUGGAGCGGAACCGUGUUGCUGCGUCCAAGUGCCGCCAGCGGAAAAAACAAUUGUUUAGCAAGAUGGAGAGCGAGUUGGCGUUUUAUUCGAGCGGAUACCGCGAGUUGUCUGCGCAGGUGACGCAGCUCCGCGAUCUGUUGCUUCUGUUGCGAGGCCUUGUGCUCGCCCACAAAGACUGCCCUGGUCUUGUGAGCACGGUGGGUGGAUAUCAGCAGUUGCAGACUUUGAUUGGCCAGACAGACUACGUGGCACAAGCAGCGGCAGAGGCGCAUCCGAACUUCACCUCUAUUCCUAGCACGAUACCGACAACGCUCAAUGCAAAGGGCGAGCUGGGACAGGAUACCCGUGUUCAGGGCAUGCAUAACGGCCUGAUUGUGCAAGCAAAUCAAGCGAUGCUGAACCAGGCUUUGCAGAACCAGACAUUGCAGAACCAGGCGCUUCAGAAUCAGGCUAUUCUGAACCAAGCAUUACAAAACCAAUCUAUUCAGAAUCAAUCUAUUCAGAAUCAGCCGAUGCUGAAUGUGACGAUACCGAACCAGUCAAUAAACCAGUCGCUACAGAAUCAGCAGAUGCUGAACCAGCCGGUACAGAACAUGUCCAACCUGGUGCUGAACCAAAUGCUGAACUUGCUGAACCAAAUGCUGAAUUUGCUGAAUUUGCUGAACUUACUGAGCCAAGCUAUUCUGAGUAGCCUGGUGCCCUCGAAUCAGAGCCUUCAAAGUCUGCAAGGCCCAGUACAAAGCACACAUGCGCCUUCAAUGGCACUGGGGCAAGGCCGUCUCACCUACGAUAUGGAAAUCGGAGCUCUUCCACGCAAUUACUCGCUCGGAGAACUCAAUAGCAUAGAUUCUGAUGGCCAGCGACGCGUCAUCAGCAACACCGAGUUGGCCAAAUCGGGCAAUUCCAACUAUGGCUUACGCUCGGUCGCCAGUAUGGCUGAUUUGCAGGGUCACUCGACUGGACUCAACAAGCAUUUUGAGUUGUGA